CUUCCGAAGCAGUCUGCAGCAGUUUGCAGCAUUCGGCAAGAUGGCGGAACGGGGUCUGUCUGGCCUCGUCAGAAGAAUAACAUAAUUUAUAUUAGCUAGCAAAGAAAAUAAAAUGGAGGAAAUAAAAUAUAGGGUGAAUCGAGUUUGCCAACUAUCUUGCACAGGCAGCAAGCUAACGUUAGCAUUCUGCAAUCAAGCAAGGAUUGCAAAGACUCGCACUCAUUUCUGUCUGUCUCUGACAGAAGAUUCGCCAGUGGAGGAUGAAUAGUGCCUAGAUCUGAGCAAUAUAAGCUGAAUGCAUUGUGAUUUCCAAUAAUUGAGACAGUGAUUCUAAAAGACUGUCUACAUUAAUGCAAAGAACAAUGUAGUCAUCUUAGCAUAUUCAACACUGGUACAUGGUCAAUACAGGGAUUUUUUUUAUUCUUCUAAAUAUUGUGUGCAAUGUGCUUCUGCAUGCCUUUUAGCUGAAAGCUUAUGAGAAAUAAUUGCCAAAACAGUCAGGGUGACCCAUAGAGCAGUUAUAUUUAGUAAUUCAUAAGAAAUAAGUCAACAUGGAGAUGGAUGACAUAUUACCCCCCUUACCGUUGGAGCCACCUGAUGAUUUGAACUCGGAGGGCCUUAAUGGUAAAGCGCAGCCUCCAACACCCCCCCUGCAAACGUCCAGUGACGCAGAGGAAAUGGACGUUAGCUCUGGUGGUGAUGGACACACACACACCCCAGCAGGGGGCCAGGGCCUCCAGACCAAGGGCUCCAUAACCUUCAUUAAUAACCUGUCAGAUGAGGCUGAACCCGGCACCUCGUGCCCUAGAACAGCCCGCCACGCACCCCUUGUCACCAAGUUUCUGCCAGACCUCAAAUUACUCAGAGACAUUAAGAUCAGUGUCAGUGUCGUAGACACCAGUAGGAGCAAAGAUAGGAAGGUGCUGUACACAGGGAUAGGUCAGGAGGGUGGUGGUGAAGGGGAGACCAGCUCAGAGAGCCUUAAUGGUGAGUUUUAUGAUGCUGAUACAGAGCCAGGGGCUGUGGACGGUAGCUCAGGGCCUGGGGUGGUCAGUGCAGGGAGGAGAGGGGAGGAGGCAGAGGCAGACCUGGAGAACAAAGUGGAGUUUGCGGUCCUAGAUGAGCUGGAGGACUUCAGUCAGGACUUCCUGGACACGGAGGAUGUGCAGCAGGGGGGGUUCAGGUCAGAGGUCAUAGUUCAACAGGAUCAUGCUGACGAAGAGAACCUAAAUAUCUCAUAUGAGGAGGACUUUGACAAUGAUGUAGACGCUCUGCUGGAGGAGGGCAUGCCCGUGCCCAAAAAGAUGCGCCUGGCAGAGGGGGCUGUUGAGUAUGCAGGAGACAGUGAUCACGCAUCCGACAGGGAUGUGGAGGGAGGUGUUCAGCCCAUGAUGACCAAAAUUAAGACAGUCCUGAAGAGUCGUGGGCGUCCACCCACUGAGCCACUACCUGACGGAUGGAUCAUGACAUUCCAUAACUCUGGCAUUCCAGUCUACCUGCACAGAGAGACCAGAGUGGUGACCUGGUCCAGACCUUACUUUCUGGGGUCCGGGAGCAUCAGGAAACAUGACCCUCCCACUAGUAGCAUCCCUUGCCUGCACUAUAGGAAGAUUAAGGAUCGCGAGGAGAGGGAACAGAACGGAGAGGUGACGCCCAACGCUGAAGUGUCUCCGGUGAAGCCUGGGGAGGAGGCAGACUCCGUGGAGAGACCAGACGAGCCUGACUCCACUGCCCAGGAGGACCCUACCACUGUGGGCCUGGGGGAGGGACAGGUGGAGGUAGAGAUGGAGACAGGCCUGGUCACAGAGGGGACCAUAAAGGGGUGCCCUGUCCUGCAUGGCAAGAUGCCCCACUCCUGUGAGAUGGCCCAGGGGGCUCUCGGACAGGUCAGGGCCAAGGUGGAGGUGUGCAAAGAUGAAUCGAUAGAAAUUGAGGAGUUCCGCAGCUACCUGGAGAAGUGCUUUGACUUUGAACAAGUGACCGUGAAGAAGUUCCGUACUUGGGCAGAGCGCAGGCAGUUCAACAGGGACAUCAAGAGGAAACAGGCUGAGUCAGAGAGACCCAUUCUGCCUGCCAACCAGAAACUCAUCACUCUGUCUGUAUCAGAUACCCCCACCAAGAAAGAGUUUGUCAUUAACCCAAAUGGGAAAUCUGAAGUUUGCAUCCUACAUGAAUAUAUGCAACGUGUCUUAAAGGUCCGACCUGUUUACAACUUUUUUGAAUGUGAGAACCCAAGUGAACCCUUUGGAGCCUCCGUCAUAAUAGAGGGAGUGACAUAUGGCACAGGAACUGCAAGCAGUAAAAAACUUGCCAAGAAUAAAGCUGCUCGAGCCACACUGGAGAUUCUCAUCCCUGACUUUGUGAAGCAGACGUCUGAGGAGAAGCUUGUAGAAGGGGACGAACUGGAGUAUUUUAAUCAUAUCAGUAUUGAAGAUUCAAGGGUGUACGAACUGACCAAUAAAGCAGGAUUACUCUCGCCAUAUCAGAUUCUACACGAGUGCCUUAAGAGAAACCAUGGAAUGGGUGACACCAGCAUCAAGUUUGAGGUGAUCCCAGGAAAGAACCAGAAGAGUGAAUAUGUGAUGACGUGUGGAAAGCAUACCGUGCGCGGAUGGUGCAAGAAUAAACGUGUGGGGAAGCAGCUGGCGUCUCAGAAGAUCCUACAGAUGCUGCACCCUCACGUGAAGAACUGGGGGUCACUGCUCCGCAUGUACGGCAGAGAGAGCAAUAAGAUGGUAAAAAAGGAAAAUUCAGACAAGAGUGUGAUUGAACUUCAGCAGUAUGCCAAAAAGAACAGGCCAAAUCUUCACAUCCUGAACAAACUGCAAGACGAGAUGAGGAAACUGGCUAAGGAGAGGGAGGAAACCAGGAAGAAGCCCAAGAUGACCAUAAUGGAGUCAGCACAGCCUGGUAGUCAGCCCCUCUGCACUGUUGACGUCUAGGAACCAUCACUGCAACCAAUCUAACAUGGCACUGACCAAUGGUAGCCAUAGUCACUGUCCGAUUUUAAAAGCCACUCCACCAUCAUUGUAAAAUGGCAAUACAACUGGACAUUUCUAGUAUAGCGGUGGUCAUCUUCUUAGCACUGUCUCCAAGCUGUUUAUUUUACUCCAAAGGUAUUUUUGAUUCAUUGUUAGUGGGUAGGAUUAGGACAAAUGCACUAACAGACAGUAGAGUUAACACCAUCUACCUCUAGAUGCAAUCUCUACACAGUGGCACUUCUAUAAAUUGAACCAUAAGGGUUGCAGACAGAUUGGUUGAUGUAUCUAAGAUCCACAAGAAAUUGUCAGCCUGUUUACUGUGCGUAGUAAUAACUGCUGACAACCACUAGACCCCUCACCCCUACAUUUAUAUUGCAUUGAUUGAAUUUAUAAUACGCUCCAAAUAUAACCUAAAGUACCUGAUACUUUACAGAGACUGAACAUUCCUAACAGGUUUCCUUGUAUACUUAAAGCAUUGCCUAUUCUCGCCGAUUAGUUUGCUCUCUCCUCUUUUGCUAUACAGGUACGCUGUGGGAAACUAAUUUAUAUGCUGUUAAUUAUUGAUGAUUGAUGUUGUGUAUAAUUUGGAUGGCCAACUUCAUUUGCUUGUGAACCUGUUAAGAAAAAAGUUGCUGUCCGGUCAUGUUUUGGGGUUUAUUCAUUUUUUGUUCUUACUUUUAACCUUUUUUCUCCAAAAUGUCUUGGUAUCCAAUUGGUAGUUACAGCCGCACUGCUUCUUGACACAAGGCCCGCUUAACCCGGAAGCCAGCCGCACGAGUCGCUAGAGUGCAAUGGGACAAGGACAUCCUUGUCAGCCAAACCCUCCCCUAACUCGGACGACGCAGGGCCAAUUGUGCUCCGCCCCAUGGGUCUCCCGGUCGCGGCCGGCUAUGACAGAGCCUGGACUCAAACCAGGAUCUCUAGUGGCACAGCUAGCAACUGCGAUGCAGUGCCUUAGACCACUGUCCCACACGGGAGGCCCCAGUCAUAUACUUGUUACAUGCUCGUGGUCUUCAGUGCGAGGAAUUGAUUAGGGAACGGACAUUCAUCUCGAGACCUAUUAAGCGGGACUAAUGAUUUUAAUUGCCUUUUUGUUUUUUCGUAGCACAGGAUGAAACAUAUCAAUGGACAGCUGACAACAAGGCUGAUCCAUAUAGCUAAGAUCCUGUUGCCAUGUUAGCACUGCAGACAGAACACAGGCACUAGGGCUUGGAGUACUGUAGUCAUUGAAGUGAUUGAGAUAUUCAAGGUAGUUACAUAUUUAAGAAUACUUUUUUGUUUGUUUCUGUGUUAGUCGCUUAAUUAUUUUUUGGACUCUAUUUAAAGCAAAACAAUACAACAUGCAGGCCAUCUUACUGUUUGGUACAGUUCAGCUGCUGUGAUAGACAUUUUGCAUCAUGAUAAUGUGGCACUUUGCUUCUUGAAAGUCCCAAUUUCUUAACUUGACUGCUAACCUGCAAAACACUAAAGGACUUUAACAGUGGACUAAUGGAAGAAAAAAAACCAAGCGAUUUGACUUUCCCUUUAAGGACCCAUAAACGGAUAAGAAAACAAUUGGCUACCUGUUACCUAAGUUCACCCAGGGCUCCCCAGAGUAUUCACAGGGCCCAGGUCCCCUCUUAAAGGGAAAUGGAUAGACCAAGCCUCUCUUACUUGUUACAGCAUUUAUUGUUAAGCCUGUUUAUAAUUUGACAAGACAGUAAUAUUGAUAUUUUGAAAGAAUUGCCUUUAGCAUAUAUGGAUUUUAAAUAAGAAUUAAGGUUUUGUGUAUGUUUGUUUGCAAACAUUGUGACAACUGAUCAAUCACAUUUUCAAGCAUUUGUGUAACUGUGAUCCUCUCCUCAAAAGGCAAUCUACAGGAAUGAAGUUGGUACACUUUACCUCUUAACAAAAUACAAUCAUGUCAUUAUUAAAUCUGAUAGCUAAAGGAGCAGUGUGAACCAAAGCUUAGUCUUAUGCAUUUUUAUAGAAUACUGUAGGUUGCUGCACACAAUACAUGAAAGGAAAAAAAGAUGCAAUACCUGAUAGAACAAAAUAUAAAUUGCUGUGCAUUCGUUGUGAAGUAUUUGGUUUGUGUGGCUUUUCCUGAAUGUCUACUGCACCUUAACACUUCAUUGUAUAUGGGAACAAGGCUGCUGUGUUAGAUUGCUUUACGAAUGUGCUUCCCCCUGUGUGUUCUGUCUUACCAAGUGUGUGUGAAAAUGCUUUUUACACUUGAAGUUAUUUGCUAGAUAUUGCUGCCUAGAAAAUGAAGUAGCAAUCCCAAAUCACAGUUGACUUUCAGUGAAAUUCAUUUAUGCAAAUAAAGUUGUCAUGGCUGA